GCUCGAGCGAUGCCGGUGGGCAGGUUUGGCGGGCUGGCGUAGCCGAAGGGGAUAAUAGUGCCGCGUUCUCUUUUUAGUCAUUAAUUUCCUAAACGACAGUACAUUUAAUAAGGUGUUCAAGAAAAGCAUAUUGUGGAAAGCCGCUGAUGCUGCAUGAUGAUCUAAGACAAUGCUGGACUCUGAAGACUGCACUCUGUCCUUGGAGAGCCUGUUCUAUGAAAGACCCGUUGUUCUUCAAGCAAAAUGUCAGGAGCAAAUCACUUGGCAAUCGGAACCACUUCUGUUGUCUUCCGAAAUACCGGAAACUCAGCAUUUAAAGGGAACGGCAGAAUCUCUUUCUUGUGGGGUCAAGCUCCCUAUGACAGAUCAUCUGGGAUGCUUGGCAGGCUCUUAUCAGAAGUCAAAGAAAUUCCUGCCUCCUUUGAAAAAAGCUGGUGGGGAUAGAUGUUUUUCCUCACAAAAAGGGCAGUUUCUGAAUCUCGGAGCACCAGUUGAAUUACCUGAACAAGAAGGGUCCCGUGUUUUGAUGGCUGACAGGCCAUUUAAACCUCCACCUAAGGUGGCUGCAGAGCCCAGCGGUCAUUUGAGCAGUGCGCCAUGUCCGAAAGAGGCCGGGACCGAUGAUGCUACCACUGGCCAAGUUUCUAAGGCGGCAGAAAAUCCAUUCAUGACACCAGCUGCUACUUUCUCCAUGGCUCCUUUCACAAGUUCAUAUGUGCCCGGUGCAGACGGCCCACCUUCGUCAGAGUGUGAUCGAACCAUACAAAAAGUUCAUAUCCUUCCAUUUAAUCCCCAAUCGCUCAAUAUACAAGGUCAAGGUGGAUCUGGGCCGGGAGUCCUCCGCUCCGUCACCGAAAUCCCUGCACAGUUCAGAUCCGUCUUCAAAGAGUUCCCUUACUUUAAUUAUGUGCAGUCGAAAGCCCUGGAUGAUAUCCUUUACACCAGUAAAAAUUUUGUGGCCUGUGCUCCCACUGGCUCUGGAAAAACAGUGCUCUUUGAAUUGGCAAUUAUUCGAUUGCUGAUGGAGGUCCCUGCUCCCUGGCACUCUGUUAAAGUUGUGUACAUGGCACCAAUUAAAGCCCUUUGCAGCCAGUGUUACGAAAAUUGGAGGCAGAAAUUUGGGUCUCUCGGGCUCAACUGCAAAGAACUGACCGGUGACACAGAAAUCGAUGACUUCUUUGAGGUUCAGGACGCCCACGUCAUCAUGACCACACCGGAAAAGUGGGACAGUAUGACAAGGAAGUGGAGGCUUAGCAGCCCAGUGCAACUGGUCAAGUUGUUUCUCAUAGAUGAGAUCCAUGUGGUGAAAGACUCAACUCGCGGAGCAACUCUGGAGGUUGUUGUCAGCCGAAUGAAAACGAUGAAUGCCUAUCGCGAUGGAGGCGACCACCAGUCACGUCUUCCCAUGAGAUUUGUGGCCGUGUCUGCUACCAUUCCGAACAUUGCUGACGUCGCCGAAUGGCUCUCGGACGCCUUGGGUCCAGCUUCCUGCCUGCAGCUAGACGAGAGCUACAGGCCGGUGAAGCUCAGGAAGCUGGUGCUUGGCUUCCCAUGCGGCACCAAUCAGACAGACUUCAAAUUCGACCUGUCCCUCAACUACAAGAUGGCGAACAUCAUCCAGACGUACUCGGACCAGAAGCCCACGCUUGUGUUCUGCUCCACGAGGAAAGGUGUGCAGCAGUCUGCAUCUGUGCUGGCAAAAGACGCCCGCUUUAUCAUGAGCGUGGAACAGAAACAGAGGCUGAUGAAAUAUGCAAACUCCCUUCUUGAUUCCAAACUCAAAGAUCUAAUAACACACGGAGUUGGUUUUCAUCAUGCCGGGAUAGACGUUUCUGACCGGAAGAUAAUCGAAGAUGUGUUCACCGCUGGAGACCUACCGGUACUCUUUACAACCAGUACUUUAGCAAUGGGAGUGAACCUGCCCGCUCACCUGGUGGUGAUCAAGUCCACAGUGCACUACGUCGGUGGUUCCUGUGAGGAAUACAGCGAGAUGGACAUCCUGCAGAUGAUUGGCCGGGCUGGCCGACCUCAGUUUGACACGACCGCGACAGCAGUGAUCAUGACUAGGUCCCAGACAAAAGCAAAAUACCUGAAGCUAGUGAGUGGCUCCGAAACCAUUGAGAGCAGCUUACACAAACACCUCGUGGAACACCUGAAUGCAGAGAUAGUCCUUCACACCAUCUCUGAUGUGAAUGUGGCUCUGGACUGGAUUCGUUCCACCUUCCUGUACAUUCGAGCACUGAAGAACCCCAGCUAUUAUGGUUUCACGUCAAGCCUGGACAGAGUUGGAAUUGAAACAAGACUGCAAGAGCUCUGUCUUAAGAAUAUAAACUCACUGGCUGAAAUAUGCCUGAUCACUAUGGACGAGGACAUAAAUUUUAAACCCACUGAGGCAGGUAGGCUGAUGGCCAGGUACUGUAUAGCAUUUGACACCAUGAAGCAUUUCAGUUCGGUGUGCGGGACGGAAUCGCUGCCUGAGCUGAUCAAGGUCAUAUCCAAAGGCAAGGAGUUCAAUGAUGUGCAGCUCAGGAUGAAUGAAAAGCGAACUCUGAAUACUCUGAACAAGGAUAAACACAGGAUAACGAUCAGAUUUCCAAUGGAAGGAAAGAUUAAAAACAGGGAAAUGAAAGUCAACUGCCUGAUACAAGCUCACCUUGGCUGCAUCCCGACUCAGGAGUUUGGACUCACUCAGGAUACUGGAAAGAUAUUCCGAAUUGGAAUUCGCAUGACUAAAUGUUUGUCAGAGUACCUCAGCCAACACCCCAGGAGGAAGUUCACGGCACUGCUCAACUCUCUAAUUUUGUCCAAGUGCUUCCGGGCCAGGCUAUGGGAGAAUUCGCCAUUCGUCUCAAAGCAGCUGGAGAAGAUAGGUUUAAUGCUGUCCACAGCGAUGGUGAAUGCUGGCCUGACUAUGUUCCAGAAGAUAGAGGAGACUAACCCCAGAGAGCUGGAGCUGAUUGUCAACAGGCACCCUCCUUUUGGAAACCAGAUCAGGGAAGCAGUCAUCCAUCUUCCUAAGUAUGAAGUCGGUUUGGAACAGAUUUCAAGGUACAGUUUUUCAACUGCAGAAAUCGUUGUGACUGUACACUUAAAAAACUAUGAGCAGCUGAAGAACAAGAGAACGGCACCAAAUCAUCAUUUUGUCACCCUAAUUAUAGGGGACUGUGACAACAGUGUGGUGUUCAUUCAGAAAAUAACCGAUUUUCUGUUGCUGAAGACUGGGAGCUGGUCAAGGAAAAUUGAAGUUACAAGAGCACCCAAGGGAGAGGAACUCAGUGUGAAUCUGAUUAGCUCAGAGUUAGUUGGAUUUGACAUUCAGCAGAAGUACAGUGUUUUCUAUUCUGGAGCCAAAAGGUUUGGUGCUGAAAGUACUGGUUCAGAAAACAUGCAGGUCAAAGCCCAUGCUGUACAGAGCAAACUGCAGGAAGCACUGAGCUCAGCCCAAGGAGCUCAGAAGACAGUUAACCAAAAAACCAAAGAUAAAGGUUUAAAAGAGAAUGUCAACCCAGAUUCAGGAAGAAGACAGUGUAACCAUUUUUGUAAAAAUAAGGAGCAAUGCGGACAUGACUGUUGUAAGGUUGGUGUGGGGGGGCUGCUGAAGAGGACCACAGACCGCGGGUCUGGCAUUUCUUCCUACCUCAGGGAUCUCAGAAACAGGACUGAAACCCUGACGGAUACCCCAGUAAAACGUCUCAAGAUGAGGAUGUCCGAAGAGGCCGCUGUGGGCAUUCAGCAUUUUGCAUACUGUCCCAAGGACACCCUCGCUGCUGCAUCAAGGUACGAAGGAAACUAUUAUAAUCCUCAUGCACAAGUAGAAUUUGUGGAAUCUGUAGAGGACUUUGGAAGCUCCAUGGAGAUGUGGAAAGGAGCUGCUUAUUCUGACAACCUCAGCACGUCUCUGGGCGGCACAUGUCCCCGGACAGAUGAAGCUGGGAAGAACCAGUCAGUCAGCAGCACUGCUGAGGAUGUUUUAGUGUGCGAGCGAUCUGACUCCGGCAGUGAGGAUUUGGUUCUCACCCAUCAAAGCCAAAUGCACUGUGAUUUCAACAUACCACAAGCAGGUCCCACACACGACAGUGACCACUUCCCUUCUGAUAUCCUGGAUGUGAACUUUGACUUGGGAAUAGACGACUGGGGUGAUUUUGACGAUGAGAAUUUAGUGCAGGCCAGUGAGAUUUCAGAAUCGGCAACACAAGAGAAAGACCAUGAAGGGCCCGGAGCAAGCUUCUCUCCCUGCAACGAUCAGCCGGAAUCUAUCUUACAGGAUGACAGAUUGCCUGGAAGCUCAGCUGCAGCCAGCUGCCCCAUGCCAUCCGUGUGUGUGCCUCCUCUCUCUCCAUCUCCCAAACCAUGUGACUUCCAAGGCCUUGCUGAUGAAGACACCAAAUCAUCCACAGAAAUGCACGGGAAUAAUGUGUCUUUGCUGCCAAAACAUGGUGGAUUCAACCUGACUGCACCGUGUAGAAAGUAUGACUUUUUUGCCAAGCCCAGUGUCCCAGAAAAAACAACAGAUAAAAUUGGCAGCCGCCUGCUCUUAUCGGACCCCGGCCCGCCUUUUCUGUUGUUCCGCCAAAUGGAGGAAGUAGAGACUGACCGGACAUGUGGGGAGCCUGGUGGGCUGGAGAGCCAGCCUGCGGUGGAGAGAAGCAGGAAAGGCAAAAUAUCCAGUGAGGUGAAGAUGGAUAUCGAGCAGUUGUACGAAGCCGUACCUCAGCUCACCAAAGUGUUUCACAUCAUCGACAAGAUUGGAGAGGGUACCUUCAGCUCCGUGUACCUGGCAGAGGCCCAGAUGAAGACUGGGGUCAGGGAGAAGUUUGCACUCAAGCACCUGAUUCCCACCAGCCACCCACUGCGCAUCGCCGCAGAGCUGCAGUGCCUAACGGUUGCUGGUGGGAAGGAGAACGUCAUGGGGGUGACGUACUGCUUCCGGAAGGAUGACCACGUGGUCGUCGUCAUGCCAUACAUGGAACAUCAGGCUUUUGUGGAUGUCUUGGGCUCCCUAAGCUUUGAAGAGGUGCGACAGUACAUGUUCCACUUGCUCAAAGCCCUCGCGCACGUUCACCAUUUUGGAAUCAUCCACCGCGACAUCAAGCCGAGCAACUUCCUGUACGACCGGCUGCACAGGAGGUACGCUCUGGUGGAUUUCGGGCUGGCACAGGGCACACCAGACACGCAGAUUGAGCUGCUCAAGGUGGUCAAGCUGAAGAGUCAUCAGGAGAGACCCCCAGGGCCCCCAGCAGAGCGGGUGGCCCAGAGUGCGGCCGCCACCCCGGGUCCGGCAUUGCAGCACCCCCUGGUACCUGCUGCCCGCAGGUCUCUGCCUCUUGCUCAAGCUAAACGCAGCAAGGACGCUGUGGCCCAGCGCUCUGUGUUUGGGGAGAGGAACCUCAACAGCCUCAACCACUGUGAGGGCGCCGUCAUCAAGCAGCUAGUGAAAGCCCCCAAGACGGAGAGUGUGCCGGCAAGGAAACUGGUGGUGUCGAAGCGCCGGGCCAUGCCAGGGAGGGCGCCGGUGAGCGGGCAGAGGCCCCGAACCAGCCUUGGGCCGGGCCUGACCUGCGACUGCUACAUGACGGACCGGGUGUGCAACGUCUGCCUGUCCAGAAAACAACAGGUGGCCCCCAGGGCGGGAACGCCGGGAUUCCGAGCCCCCGAAGUCCUCACCAAGUGCCCCAAUCAAGGGACAGGUAAAGCACCCGCAGCUUGCCAAUGCCCCCCCCCCCCCCCCCCCCCCCGCCGGCUUCCUGCGUGUGUGCAGCACGAUCUCCGACUGCUCUGCGAGAAGCUGAGAGGGACACGGCCCUGCGGGGACACGGAGAGAGACCUCGGUCUGCCCACGACCCCUCCCAGGCGGUGCCAUUUGCUGCCUGAGGACGCCGGGCCCACCGCAGACAGAAAGGGGUGGGACUGCGUGCCGGACGCUGCAUAUGACCUCCUGGACAAGCUGCUGGACCUGAAUCCCGCCACGCGGAUAUCGGCGUCCGUGGCUCUCCGCCACCAUCUCUUCGAGGACCUUCUAGAGUUUUAA